CAAAUUUCAUUUCAACAAAAAAGCUCCAAUAUCUCGUUUCUAAUUCAUCAGAGAUAACGUUACCGCGGCUAAAGGAUGAGAAAAUACAUUUGGCUGAUUCUGUUUGCUUUUAUCGUUGAGGAUGUGUUCGGUGAUGCAGCUGUAGUGAAGUCAGUGAAGGAGGGAGAUUGUGUCACUCUAACCACUAAUGUUACCAAACAACAACAUGAUAACAUGAUGCGGUGGUAUUUUAAUGACACUCUCAUCGCUCUGAUCAAUGGAGAUCCCAGCACGAGCUGUUUAUAUGAUGGUGUUGGAGGGAUGUUCAGAGACAGACUGAAGGUGGACUAUGAGACUGGAUCUCUGAACAUCACAAACAUCACAACUCAACACACUGGACGUUAUGAAGCAGCGAUCAUCAGAAGUGAGAGUUCAGGAAAAAGUGAAAGCUUGAACAGAAGCCCCAAGUGUAACAGAACAAACAUCAUCAACAAAAGCAGCAACCGUGGUGACAUCAUACAAUCAAUUAAUCUGACUGUCAAUGGUUCAGGUCUGUCUCCAGAUGUUCCAGAUUCAUGUCUGUCUCCAGCUGUUCCAGGUUCAGGUCUGUCUCCAGCUGUUGUAGCAGGAAUAUGUGUUGUUCUGCUGCUGACUGUUGGUGUUGGUGUGAUGAUCUUUCGCCGCAGGAGCUCCAGCGAAGACAAGAAGAAAAUCAAACACGUUCUAGAAAAAGUGUCUAAGGAUAAGAUGAUUUGUGAUUAUUAGAAGGAAGAAAAGAGAAACAAAGAAUCAGUUGAGCUCGCUGAUGCAGAUGAAUGAAUGUUUGUAGCACCAAAACAAGGACAAAAAGACACUGUUCAUAGCUUUUACUUUGACAGAAGUUGACAAGAGUUACUAGUUUUUGUCCAGAAAAUAAGAGCUAUAAUAACUUUAAAAGCAGUUACUGUUAAAUCUUCAUCUUCAAAAUCUUAAUUUCCUGUAUAAGGAAAAUAACUUUUGAUGAUUCUGUAUGUAAACUUGUGAAGUUAAGUUUAUUUUGUUGUUUUUUUUCACUUCAGAAAAAAAAUCUGAUUCAUACCUGAGAUAUUAAUAUUUUAGUAGAAUCCUUAAAAAAAAAAAAAAUUGAAAAAUACUUCCAGAACUAAGGCUACUGUAGCUGUUGUCUCUAUUGCACUUAUAUUGUCUCGUAAUAAACUUUACACUUGGUUUUAAAUAAACUGUUUAAAGGGGGGGUGAAAUGCUCGUUUUCACUCAAUAUCCUGUUAAUCUUGAGUACCUACAGAGUAGUACUGCAUCCUUCAUAACUCCAAAAAGUCUUUAGUUUUAUUAUAUUCAUAAGAGAAAGAUAGUCUGUACCGAUUUUUCUCGGAAAAACACGAGCCGCUGGAGGCGUGACGUGUGGGCGGAGCUAAAGAAUCACGAGCGCCAGUAGGCUUUGAGGAAAAAACCAUCAUCCAAAACAAACCAUGGCUUACAGUCAGAUUCAGCCGUAUAUUUAUGAUCCAGAAUCAGAUCCCGAGGCUGAAACUGAACGAGAUCAGCAGCAGCAAUGACUCACUCCGAGCGGUGGUCGAACCCGGGUCUCCGGCAUGGGAGGGGACGCACUAACAAGAAGGCAGAGAUAUUUUAAGCAGUUUUACUCACCGCCUGCUGUUCCAACACACGAUCGUGACCCUUUUUCGUUGGGAUUGCAUCAUCCUUAAGAAAUAAACAAUACGUCCGUCGUCAAACUGGGCCUUGUUUGUAAAACAAGCAUCUUUGAAAUGCAGGGAACAAACAAAAACACUUGCACAACUCCGUUGAUGCUCUGUAAAAAUAAACUCCAUCCACUGGUCCCUUAAUGCUGUUUUUUCUUUGGUAAUCUGUGCAGGGUUGUCUUGCCCUGGCAACCAAAAACACACUUCUUUUGUGACUUUACUCCUUCAAACGUACAACUUAAUUUUUUAAACUGUGUCCAUGUUUAGCAUGGGAAUCCAACUCUUUAACAGUGUAAAAAACUCAGUAUGAAUGAAAUAGCAUUUCACCCCCCCUUUAAUGCUGCACAUUUUUUUAUUAAACCAUAAUUAAAAUCUGAUUCUGAAUUUUGAUUAAUUCAGAUUAUUUUAUUAUGACAUUCCUGCAGUUAUAAUAUACGCAUGUUUUUUUUUUUUUUUUUUUUUCCAUUCUGUCACCGAUGGAGUUUUGGUUUCUUGCCGCUGUCACCUCUGGCUUGCUUAGGGGUCUCUUUAUCUACAGCGAUAUCGUUGACUUGAUUGCAAAUAAAUGCACAGACACUAUUUAAACUAAACAGAGAUGACAUCACUGAAUUCAGUGAUGAACUGCCUUUAAGUGUCAUUUUGCAUUAUUGACACACUGUUUUCCUAAUGAAUGUUGUUCAGUUGCUCUGACACAAUGUAUUUUUUUUAAUGCCCUAUAUAAAUAAAGGUGACUUGACUUGA